AUGCAUUUGCGUACGCGCUCGAAACGGUGGAGGCAGCAGUUGGAACCGAGUUGUGGCCGUCACAAGCGCCUCAAGAGAAGCCGCGUACGCAAUUGCCAUUGCCCAGUUUAUUCGUUGCAUAUCAAGUAUUACGCUCGGUUCAUGGAACUCACGUUAAUAGCAAGGGUUCGAGACGGUCUAAUUUUAGCUACCUCAAUUGAAGGCAGUGAUGGUGAUACAAACCUCGUGAAGUAUUCAAAUCAAGCAAAAAUGCUCUUCAAAAAACUUCACAAUGCACCACAAAUGCAGUCAAUCGAAAGUGGACCGUACAUGUUCCAUUACGUUAUCAAAGACGCCAUAUGCUGCUUGUGUCUAUGUCAACAUUCAUUCCCUCGAAAACUCGCUUUUGCCUAUCUUGAAGAUGUCGCACAAGAAUUUCUGAACCAGAAUGCUACUAGGAUUGACCAAGUCGUGCGUCCCUACCACUUUCUGGAAUUUGAUCAAUACAUCCAACAAGCUAAGAAGAAAUAUGCGGAUAGAAGCAGAUAUGCGAUGUCAGCUGUUUCGAAUGAAUUACAAGAUGUUGCUCGUAUCAUGGUCAGCAAUAUCGAAGAUGUCAUUCACAGAGGAGAAGCACUCAACAUUCUGGAGGCAAAGGCUUCCGACUUAUCCGGUUUGAGCAAAAAGUACAGGGAAGACGCAAAAGCGCUGAAUAGGAGGUCUACCUUCUUCAAAGUGGCUGUGUCUUUGGGAAUUUUCGGAAUUAUGCUGCUCAUCGGGCGAUUCAUCAUAUUUUGA